UAUUAACCAAUCAAACUAUACCAAACCUACACAACACAUAUGCGCAGAUUAAAGAAAACAAUUUCUCGACCGGCAAAGUUAGGCGUACUUUUAAGCGAACUCCGACAGUGAUAUUCUAAAAUGAAUUUCGUAGUGACGUUGUUGAACAUUUUUGUUUUGGUGAUCUUCAUUAUAAGCUGUGUCAAUGGACUGAACUUUGCAUCCUUUGACAAAACAGCUCAUGCCUACUGCGCAAGUCAUUCAAAUGGUCACGUGUUUGUUUUGAGAAGGGAUUGUGAGAAAACCACAAAGGAUUGCAAAGCAAUGUGUACAGCAGCAAAAGAUGUAAUAGUUGGCACAAUUUACCAUAAGAAAGACACAGUUGCCUGCUUUGAUGCUUACAAAGUUUACACACACGAAUAUAACUCCACUGAUGUUAUGCAGACCACUGGUUUAGUGGGAUUCCAUACAUAUGGGUUCGGUCCGAGAGGGUGCACCGGAUCACCAGAUCAUUGUGGACCAAACUUCUGUUGUUGUGUGGCAUAUUAGAGCUUUUUUUUUAAUUUUCUGGUUUAAAACGACGUUCAAAUUUUUUAUACAAAUAAAAGGAGCUUAAGCACUUA